UACAAUAGGGCAUAUUUUAGGCGUACUGCAUUUGAUAUACUAUGUAUUGGGGAAAAGUAAAUCUUUCCCUGUCAUACUAAUGGUAGUAUGGGCAUUGCAACACACUCAGUAUCUCUCUCAAAGCGCUCCUCUUCCAGGAAUGAACAAAGCUUGAUAACCCCUCCCUCCUCUUCCUGCUCCCAAACACAGCCAGCUCCACUCUGUGCACAUAUUUCCUUGUUCCCUCCCCUUCAGAGCUACAGUUUGCAGAUGGGUGUAACCAACAUGUUGGGGAAGUACAACAGCGUAUCACUGCUGUUGUUACAUCAGAGCUCAGACUAGUUUCACUUCUCAGGAAGUGAGACUCAGACAGUCGUUGUCACUGAGCGAGAGGUGAAAUGGCACAGAAAGGAGUUCAGCUGGACCGGGAAACCUUCUCUUGUUCCAUCUGUCUGGAUCUACUGAAGGAUCCGGUGACUACUCCCUGUGGACACAGCUACUGCAUGAACUGUAUUAAAAGCCACUGGGAUGAAGAGGAUCGUAAGUACAGCUACAGCUGUCCUCAGUGCAGGAAGACGUUCACACCGAGGCCUGUCCUGCUGAAAAACACCAUGUUAGCAAUUUUAGUGGAGGAGCUGAGGAAGACUGGACUCCAAGCUGCUCCUGCUGAUCACUGCUAUGCUGGAGCUGAAGAUGUGGCCUGUGAUGUCUGCACCGGGAGAAAACUCAAAGCACACAAGUCCUGUCUGCAAUGUCUGGCUUCUUUCUGUGAGAAACACCUUCAGCUUCAUUAUGAAUCAGAGACAUUCAAGAAACACAAGCUGGUGGAGCCGUCCAAGAAGCUCCAGGAGAACGCCUGCUCUCGUCAUGAUGAGGUGAUGAAGAUGUUCUGUCGUACUGAUCAGCAGCUUAUCUGUUAUCUCUGCUCUGUGGAGGAACAUAAAGGCCACGACACAGUCUCAGCUGCAGCAGAGAGAGCUGAGAGGCAGAGAGAGCUCGAGGGGAGUCGACAAAACAUCCAGCAGAGAAUCCAGGACAGAGAGAAAGAUGUGAAGCUGCUUCAACAGCAGGCGGAGGCCAUCAAUGUCUCUGCUGAUAAAGCAGUGGAGGACAGCGAGAAGAUCUUCACUGAGCUGAUCCGUCUCCUGGAGAAAAGAAGCUCUGAUGUGAAGCAGCAGGUCAGAUCUCAGCAGAAAAGAGAAGUGAGUCGAGUCAAAGAGCUUCAGGAGAAGCUGGAGCAGGAGAUCACUGAGCUGAAGAGGAAAGACGCUGAGCUGAAGAAGCUCUCACACACAGAGGAUCACAACCAGUUUCUACACAACUACCCCUCACUGUCACCACUCAGCCAAUCUACAUCCAGCAUCCAUAUCUGUCCUCUGAGCUGCUUUGAGGACGUGACAGCAGCCGUGUCAGAAGUCAGAGAUAAACUACAGGACGUUCUGAGAGAGAAGAGGACAAACGUCUCACUGACAGGGACUAAAGUGGACGUUUUACUGCCACAACCAAAGCCCAAGACCAGAGCUGGAUUCUUAAAAUAUUCACGUGAAAUCACACUGGAUCCAAACACAGUAAACACACGGCUGUUAUUAUCUGAGGGGAACAGGAAAGCAACAUUAAUGAGACAACGGUGGAGAGGAGAGGGAGAGGAGGAGUUUAUGUAGCAGUCGCAUACAAGAAUAUCAGCAGAGCAGGGAGGUCAUAUGAAUGUGGAUUUGGAUACAAUGACAAAUCUUGGGCGUUAUAUUGUAACAACAACAGUUAUACAUUUUGUUACAACAAAGUCCAAACUCGCGUCUCAGGUCCUGAGUCCUCCAGAGUAGGAGUGUACCUGGAUCACAGUGCAGGUAUUCUGUCCUUCUACAGCGUCUCUGAAACCAUGACUCUCCUCCACAGAGUCCAGACCACAUUCACUUAGCCGCUCUAUGCUGGACUUUGGUUUUAUUUUUUGUGUUCUGGAGACUCUGCUGAGUUGUGUAAACUGAAAUAGACAGAAGUCAUUUAAGGGUUAAAUUCUGUGUUUUAACUCUUU